UGUUGACGCUCGUAAACUGCUGAGAGAAAGAGCUAGCAAAGACACAAACGGAUAAACGGCCGGGCAGUGCGUGUGGAAGAGAGCUGAGGCUGGGCACCCCGAUGUUGCUCCAGCUCCGGAGUGUGACUUGUUUGUCAUAUCAGAGUAGACAGAGCCGUUAACGAUUGUUUCUGGAAGCUGCUGGUUUAUCUCACAUCCAUUAAGCAAUGCAGUCCCAGGGCAGCACAUCCUCUCAGCCAUCUUUUGACUCCCUGAGCUCCAGCGACAGCCUCUUGUUAAGCGACUCGGAGCAGGCAGAGGAUGACACCGAUGUCUUCCUGAUAGAUAGCUCUUCCUCUGUCAACAUUAGUAGGACGGGCGGGGCUGCUGCUGACAGAAACAGGAGAUCGGAAAGCCCAGGGUCCCAGUGGACGUGCAGUGGCUUCACAAAUAAAGAUAUAGAAGAGGAGUCAUGCAGGUCAGAGAGCGGCGGCAAGGCAGCUCACAUCAACUUGGAAGAGACGCAUCCUACGGGCCAGAUUACCAAAUCACAGGGAGACCUGCUGUUUGCUCAGAAGUGUGCUGAGCUACAGGGUUUUGUGAGGCCCCUCCUGGAGUUGCUGAAUGGACUGAAGAGGGGCCGAUUUGACCGCAGUUUGAGUAGUUUCCAACAGAGCGUUGCCAUGGAUCGAAUCCAGAGGAUUGUGGGAGUUUUACGGAGACCCAGCAGUGGGGAAAAGUACCUGAACACCCUACUCCAGAUAGAGAUGAUGCUGAAGCUUUGGUUUCCACAGAUCACCACUCAGCCUGUCUCUUCAGCCUCGAGCACCACCACAUCCCCUGCCAAUUCCCUCCAAGACACUUCUGGUUCCACCCCACCACACAAACACAGGGAUCAGUUACAUAUUCCUGUCAAGAAGCGCAGACUUAGCUGGACAGGUACAGACUCUCCCUCGCCUUCACCUGUGCUUCUCAAGUGCCCUCAUAUCAGUGCAGAAGAGAAGAGGUUGAAUCAAGAUGAAAAGGACGGCCCUCCUCCUCCCCCAUCACUGUUGUGUGAUGCAGACCAAAAUUCACCAAAUGUGGCUUGUAACGGCCAGCUGAAUGAGUACAUAAACAGAAAGGACAGCAGCAGUGAUGAACUAGGCAGGCUGUCAAAAUACAAAGCACGUCAUAGCUCUGAGCCGAGCCUGACUUGGGUGCACGUUGCCCCCAUCGUGUCCCCACGAAAGGCCUGCCCCGCACAUGAAGGCACAACAGUCACAGGUAGCAAUGAAAACCAGCCUGAUGUCCUCCCACCCAGCGGAAGGGACAGCCCAGCUACACAGGACAGCUCCGUCUCUUCUACUACGCCCAGCAAACACCCCAAAAAUCUGAAGAAGCCAGUCCGGUGCCAAAGCCAGCUUGUUGCUGGACAACAGAGUGAGAGUGGUCAGGGUCAAAGCCAAUCUCCUCAUGUCACACUUAAGCCUUUGCCCAGGGUGUGCCCCGCCCCCUUAGAGACCUGAUGCGUUGUCAAGCACAAAGAGCUGGCGGCCUCACUUUGUUACACCAAUGAACUAAAAGCUGCCGUGAGAGGAAGAAAACUUGAGGCUGAAAGUCUGUGGUUACAGAUGCAUUAAAGAGAGGAGAGGGAGGAAAGAACUGUCUGCGCUUAGAUGUUGAAGACAAACGAUGGAUGACACAGAACCCCUCAUCCAUACCACAAUGGUUAUUACAGGAUGUAAUGCUUUUCGAUCUAAUCUAUCUUAGUUGAUAAUUACAUAUUAGUAUAAAUGUGAUUGUGGUAGAGGAACAUAGGAAAGAACACCUAAACCUUAAAGGUCAUUUACAGGUAAUUGAGUGAUGUCGAAUAGGGAGUGAUUUCAAAGAAGUUUGAGGAGCAAAUGAUAGUUCCUCCUCAGGAUGAAAGCAAUCAAUGUACUGUAUACAGAGCUGACUGUUUCAGCAAACAUCUGACUUGAAUGACAUUGAUCAGAAAAAAGGAAAGCAGGUGUCAGUUUUCGUAAUGAAAGCUUCUGAGGUUUAAUUUCAUGAGAGAACUCGAGUUAGAUUAAGUCCAGAGUGAGGGUGAGCUGAAGCUGAUUCAAGACUAAUGGCAGGAGAUGUGUUUGAUUUUGCAUUCACUUGUAUAUAGAACUAAGGUAACUGGCUUGCAGAGGAAAGGAGACAUUGAAGUCAUUUGAAAAUCUUGUAGCUAGUGGUAUGAGAAACCCAGUGUACAGAGCGCAGCAUUAAACUUUACGUGUGGUGUGUUGGAGUCAUUGGAAAAUGAUGUCAUCAGCUCUCAAAUGUAAUCCAGAAGCUGUUUGGGCGCUUGGCUGUCAGACCGGCAAUCAGUGGCAUGAACAUCCAAGAAGCUUUUUUUUAAAGACCAGACUGAGGAAGGACCACUAAAAAGACUCAAGUCUUGCAGUUAAUUUAUUCAUGUGUUGAUCUGACACUGCAUUUAUUUAUUGUUUAUAUUUAUUGUUUGGGUAGCUGAAUAUCGCCUGCUGUGCACUUGCAUAGCUUGGCCUGCAGUUGUUGUGGGGUUUUUUUUUCUUUUUUUUUUUUAGGAGUUUGGAGAAGAUGCUGUUGACAGAUUGUGGGUUUUAUUGCUAUCAUAAGGGGAAAAAAGCUGAAGGGAUUGAAAUAAUCUGAUUGGACUAAUGUGCCUUUUUACCAAAUAGGAUAUGUUCAGAAAAAAGUCUUUUCAGUGCAUUUAUAUUGCAUUUUGAUUGUUGGCUUGUGUUUCACAAAACCGAUACACAUUCAGUCAGGAAAGCUGACAUGUUUUCAUUGGAAGAUAGCGGGCGUUCAGACUUCAUUUCAAAGGUGUGAAAAAAUGCAGUGCUUUCCAUUCCUUUCUAAGAGGGAUUGUGUUCACCGCCGUUGGCACCGGCACCGCAUGGGGCUCUGGCAAAAUGCCAAAGCCCUUGUGGAAAAAAGUUGGAUCUGGUUCGACUUUUGCUGCGCCGGACAGUUACAUCAUCUGACAAAGGCACUGUAUUGACCAAUCAUGUAAGGGGAACAAUCAAAAUAUGGAUGCCCACAGGAAGAAGACUUGUGUUUACCUUGUUAGCAUGAGCAUUCACUGCUAUUCACUCUCGAAUUUGGGCCACAGUUAACACACCACAACGACACACCAUGCGUUUCCACUAGUUAGGGUGCUGGAUGUUAAUCUAUCUGUGUCGACACACUGGUGGUAGAAAUUGAUGCUAAGUAGAGUAGGCUAUGUACACAAGAGGUUUAGGGCCACUGUACGAAACUGAGUUCUGACUUUAAUCUGAGAAUUCUGACUUUUUUUCCUCAGUCAGAAAUCUGAGUUUAAAGUCAGAACUCAAAUUAAUUUUGUACAGUGGCCCUAAACCUCUUCCCUAGCUUUGUUUAGCAGCAUAGCUAACCAAAACAUAUUGAAACCUGUGGGUUGGAAACACGAAUGAAGCCACUCACUUAAACUCAUCACAAAAUAUCAUACAUAGCGACAACACUCCCCCUGCAACCCCUCACUCCCUGACCAACACAGCAGGGAGUUGCAUUUUACCGGACUUGGUCUGAACACCUGCUUGUGCACGGCAUUAAAACCAACAGUAUCAUCAGCUGUCCACUGUUUAAAAACCAGUGUCCAGCUCUAGUAUUGUGACAUCUGCAGUCAAUCCAAACUGCCUACAUCUCCACCUUCUACAGCAGUGGCUACUGGUUUUUGUGUAGUAUCAAAGUGUAGCCUUUCUCUGGGGCUUUUCUUUAGGUUCGGAUGAACAGGAACAUGCUGAGCCGCACUUAUAGCCGGUGCUCUUGAAAACUUGAAAAAAGCAGUGACAGGGAGGAAAUCUUUAUUUGCACCACCCUCUACUGCUGCUAUUCUUAUUCAAAUUCCAGUUCUACUUUAGAUGUUUGAUAGAUGGCUCUGUCUUCAUUUGGAAAUCUGCUCACAAUAUUCUUACAAAUGUAGGAGGGCUUUAGUAAUAACAUGAUUUACUUGUAUUAAAAAAAUGUUGUAAAUCUUUAGACUAAAAUGUUUUUAAAUUGGUUCAGUGGUUCAUGAUCUAUUUCCAUAACUAGAUGGGAGUAUAUCCAUGCGCCAGACUCCUCCAGAAAAAAGCACCACAGUGAAAGCAAAGCCACCAGCAGCCUCCAC